AUGCUAUUCCGCUCGUUCUUAGCAGCAAUCAGCAUUGCCUUCAACCUUUUUCCUCCCUCAGUAGCACACGAAGACCUCAAUUACAAUGCCAGCCAGCUUGUUGAGAGUCAGACCCUCGAGUCACCAUACCCAUACGACUUUCCGGUGCUGCAAAAUGGAUCAUUGGCGGAUAGCGGACGGUUCCCGAUGCCAUUGUGCAAUGGCUUCAAGCUUGAAGAAGCCACAAUUGAUCAGCUUCAACGAGAACUGUCCAGUGGCAGGCUGACUUCGGUUCAGCUUGCUCUUUGCUAUUUGCAGAGGGUAUAUCAGGCAGAUGGAUACAUUAGAGCGAUCAUGGAAAUUAACCCUGAUUUCCUCGAAAUUGCGGAGGCGCUCGACCGUGAACGUGCUCAAGGACGUGUUCGUGGGCCUCUUCAUGGCAUCCCUUUCCUGGUCAAAGAUAACAUUGGCACAAAAGACAAGAUGGAGACAACCGCCGGGUCUUGGAUGCUACUGGGGUCUGUUAUUCCAAGAGAUGCUCAUGUUGUGCAUCUCCUGAGGGAAUCAGGAGCUCUCUUGAUGGGCCAUGCUACGCUGAGCGAAUGGGCAGAUAUGCGGUCGAAUCUUUACUCUGAAGGAUAUUCUGCUAGAGGGGACCAAUGCCGAUCGCCGUACAACUUGACUACAAACCCUGGUGGGAGCAGCUCUGGUAGCGCUGCUGCCGUGGCUGCGAAUCUUAUCACUUUCGCCCUUGGUACGGAGACUGAUGGAAGUGUUAUAAACCCUGCUGAACGGAAUGCGCUUGUUGGGAUCAAGCCUACCGUUGGAUUGACGUCUCGUGCUGGCGUUAUUCCAGAGUCGCACAAUCAGGAUACUGUGGGAUGUCUUGCGAGAACUGUUCGUGAUGCAACGUACUGCCUCGAUGGCAUCUACGGUCAAGACCCUCAUGAUAAUUAUACUCUCGUUCAACAAGCUCCCGCUGGUGGCUUCGCCCAAUUCCUAGCCAACAAGGAAGCAUUGAAAGGUGCCGUGUUCGGUCUGCCAUGGCUAAGCUUCUGGCAACUAGCACCUCAAAAUCAACAAGAUCAGCUUGUCGAGCUUGUCGAUCUCAUCGAAUCAGCCGGGGCAACAAUCAUCAAUGGCACAGAACUCCCACACUGGCAAACAAUCAUCAGUCCCAACUUCUGGAACUGGGACUACGGUACCACACGCGGCUACCCCAACGAGUCCGAAUAUACCUAUGUAAAAACCGAUUUCUACAAUGAUAUCACCAAAUAUCUAGCCGAGCUCAACAACACCGCCAUCAGAUCACUUGAAGACAUCGUCCAAUACAAUAUCGACAACGUCGGCUCGGAAGGCGGAAUACCAAACGUCCAUCCCGCGUUCCAAUCCGGUCAAGACGGCUUCAACGCCUCACUUGCAACAGGCGGCAUCAUGGACGAAACAUACUGGCAAGCGCUGUCUUUCUGCCACCGCACCACACGCGAAGAAGGCAUCGAUGCAGCGUUGUACAACAACGGGACUCAACUCACUGCGCUCCUCGUUCCACCUGAUGUUGGGCAGACGUACCAGAUUGCUGCUCAGGCAGGCUAUCCAAUGAUUACCCUCCCAGCGGGCUUGAGUCCUGAGACGGGAAUGCCGUUUGGACUGGCACUGAUGGGAACUGCGUGGAGUGAGAAGACGCUGGUUAGAUAUGCGAGUGCGAUUGAAGAUUUACAGGCCAGUAGUGGAACGAAGUAUAAGAGGACAGCUCCGCUGUGGCUGGAUUAUAGAAGUAAAAAUAUACCAGUUAAUAAUGUGUGA